AUGGCGGCCGGCAGGAGGCUGAUGAAGGAGCUUGUAGAAAUCCGCAAAUGUGGAAUGAAAAGCUUCUGGAACAUCCAGGUUGAUGAAGCUAAUUUAUUGACUUGGCAAGGGCUUAUUGUUCCUGACAACCCUCCAUAUGAUAAGGGGGUCUUCAGAAUCGAAAUAAACUUUCCAGCAGAGUACCCAUUCAAACCACCAAAGAUCAUAUUUAAAACAAAGAUCUAUCACCCAAACAUCAAUGAAAAGGGGCAGGUCUGUCUGCCGGUAAUUAGUGCUGAAAACUGGAAGCCAGCAACCAAAACCGACCAAGUAAUCCAGUCCCUCAGAGCACUGGUGAACGACCCCCAGCCCAUACCACUUCGGGCUGAUCUAGCUGAAGAAUACUCUAAGGACCGUAAAAAAUUCUGUAAGAACACUGAAGAGUUUACAAAUAAAUAUGGGGAGAAGCGACCUGUGGACUUAACUCUGCUGCAACUGACUCCAGCGAAUGACUACUUGUCUGCUCACAAGCAGACAGUCUUACACAGUGAGGAGAGCUGGGCAGAUAGAGACAAAUACCAGCAGCAUCACUUGGGGCCCAGCUGGGGCUAUCAGGGCUCCCAGUGGAACCACAGAAGAUGA